UUGAUGAAACAGCGAGGGGACGAGCAGGUUGGAUCAGCGAGAGGGAUUUUAUGGAUUUAACUUGAAGAGUAAUCCGGAUGCACAACUUUACACCUUUCACGGUGGAAAAUGACCGUGGACCGAAGAGAAACCUUUGUGUUUUGACAUCGUAGCGGGUGGAUUUUGUGAGAUUAUUCGACAGCUAACUUUGCUAGCAUUGUUAGCAUAGCAGUGUUUAGCAACAGCCGUUAGCUCUUGUUAGCGCAGAGGGAGCGUUAGCUAAUCUCGAGGUGUUGCAUGUUAGCCUUGGCAUUAGCUAACUCGUCAGACAUUUAUACGGUAGAAUUCAAUUUCAGAAAAAAUUAUUUGAGCUCUAACAGCGGUAGAACUUGAGGACUCGUUGCGGAAGCUUUCACGCAGUUUUGUGGACUUUUUUGUGGUGGCUCGUUAGUGUUUGUUUUGUUUUCCAAAAUAAGAAACUACUCCUAAAACGGCGAAACAUUACCACAAGGACUGAUGUUGAGGGAACCCCAGGCCCGCUGCUAGCUUUACUAGCAGCUUGCAGUACUGCGGCCCGGGCUUUCUACCAAGGACAAUUCACUACGGACAUGGCCUCAUUUACAUCCCUGUAAUAGAAGAUUUACUCUGUGCUUCAUGGACUCUCUUGGAUUUGGUGGCACCCUGUUGUGUUUUAUCGGACUUUAAAGAACUUGAGAGGCACACCGCGCCGCACAAUGGCGCUCUGGCUUCAAAUCUCGAUUAUUUUUCUUUGGCAAUAACAAGGACUCUGUCGCCAUCUGCGAGCUGAACCCUUCCCCAUUUUAGUCAUUUCUUUGUCCACAGUGUUUCAGCGAAUAUAAAGAAGGUUUACUCAUUAAAGUCACCCGAUUUAGCCUCCUGUGUUCAGUGUUGACGCUGUUUUAUUUUAUUAUCAUACCAGGCCUGUGUUUUUUUUUGUUUUUUCCUUGUGCUUGAUUUACUUAAGUGCUUAGACCUGUAAAAAUGUCGUGUGUUCACUAUAAGUUUUCUUCCAAACUGGACUACAACACAGUCACUUUCGAUGGGCUGCAUAUCACCCUCAAUGAGCUUAAAAGGCAGAUUAUGGCCCGGGAGCGCCUCAAGGCCACAGACUGCGACCUGCAGAUCACCAAUGCGCAGACUCGAGAAGAAUACACAGAUGAUGAAGCCCACAUCCCGAAACACUCCUCCGUGAUUGUCCGCCGUACUCCAAUUGGUGGAGUAAAACCUGCUGGCAGGACGUUCAUUGUAGAUCGUUCUGACACAGCUGUGGUUGGAUCUUCUAGACCCACUGAUUCUUCUCCUUCUUUGUCACUCGCCCAACUCGCCAAGACUGCUAACCUGGUUGACGCAAAUGCAUCAGAGGAGGACAAGAUUAAAGCCAUGAUGACUCAGUCCAACCAUGAAUAUGACCCGAUACAUUACUCCAAGAAGGCAGUUGGGCCUCCUCCCGCUCACUAUACCUGCUUUCGUUGUGGAAAGGCUGGUCACUACAUCCGACAAUGCCCCAUGCUGAUGGUCCAGGAUAAGAGUGUGGAGGGUCCCAAGCCAGUCAGGAUUAGUAAGGGAAUUCCUCAGAGCUUCAUGGUGAAAGCAGAGCCAGGCACCAAAGGAGCCAUGUUAACAAGCACCGGAGAAUAUGCGAUACCUGCAAUAGAUGCGGAAGCGUAUGCACAAGGAAAGAAGGAGCGUCCUCCAUUUGUUCCUCAUGACCAGUCGUCAUCUGAGGACGAUUCAGACCCAAUCCCCGACGAACUCUUGUGUCCAAUCUGCAAUGACCUGAUGACAGACGCAGUAGUUAUACCCUGCUGUGGAAACAGUUACUGCGAUGAGUGUAUUCGGACUGCCUUGUUGGACUCAGAGGAGCACAUCUGCUUCACAUGCAAACAGUCAGAUGUUUCACCUGAUAAUCUCAUUGCCAACAAAUUUCUUCGACAGGCCGUGAACAACUUUAAGAAUGAAACAGGAUACACCAAACACGUACGCAAGCAGGUCCAGCACGCAGCUCUGCCGCCUCCUCGCCCUCAGUUGACCAGACCCCUGCACUCGAGACAGCAGGACCCACUACUGGCCAAUGUCACUCACGCUCCUCCUACAAGCGUGCCCACCACUGCCCCUCAAGCACAGGUCCAGCCCCCUGCACCUACUUCUGCUACUACUGCUGCUCCUACUCCUCCUCAUGCUGCUGCUGUCGAAGGUCGGGACGCUUCACCAGCCCCUGCACCUGUUGUUGAUCACCAUUCUCCUAUGCACUCUACCAGCCAGGGAGAACCACCCCCACCAGGUGAGACAGAUCCAGAACCUACUGUGACACCAGGCUCAUCAGGUACCUCAGAUAGUGGAUCACAGGGCUACCAUUUAACUGUUAUUGGCCAUCCGCCACCUACAAGGCCGCCCCAUCCAUCAGGUCACCAGUCACGGCCCCACCACUCUCACAGAGGGGGGGGCAGACAGUGGGAGAGGUCUUACAGGGGUAGAGGAGAGCACCCCCCUACACACCUCCAGACAGCUCCACCUCCUGCACCUGCUCCUCCAGUAUACCCAACUCCGUCCUUGUACCCGCCCCCACCACAGCCCUAUCCCCCUCCAUACACCUCUGGCCCUGGCCUGAUUCCUCCUCCUGCCAUUGGUUACCAGCCCCAGCCUAUUUAUGCCCCUGGACCACCAGGGCUCAACCCCCCCUGGGUUGCCCCUGGUACCCAGCCUCCUCUACCCCAUCUUGCACCCUCCCUCUCUCAGCCCCCCCUCUCUAAGGAAGAUUUCUACAGACAACGGCACCGACAGGACAAAGUUCCAUCCAAACUGGAUGAGUUUACUAAAGACUUCCACAAAGAGCUUAUGAAGUACAGAAAUCUACCAAAGAGACGAAGACCGUCUUAUUCCAGGUCCCGGUCAUACAGUCGCUCUCCGUUCAGCCGGUCUCCUUACACUCGCUCCAGAUCCAGGUCAAGAUCCAGGUCGAGAUCAAGAUCCAGGUCUUACUCUUAUUCCCCCAGCCGAUCCCGCUCCCGUUCCCGCUCCCACGGCCGAUCUUAUCCACGCUCCCCUUAUUCCAGACGCAACGGACGAAGUUAUGGACGCUCACGGACAAGGUCUCGCUCCCGCUCAAGGUCUUAUGGGUAUCGGCGCUCUGGCUCACCACGCUCUCCUCCCUCCUAUCGGGGUGGAGGCUGGGAGGGAGCAGAAGGAGGAGGACCCUACAGGUCUAGGUCGCGGUCUCGCUCCCCUGGUGGCUACCGGAGCCGCAGCCCUGGUGGGCGCAAGCCACCUCCUCGGGACCUAGUGCCGUAUGAACUAAAGGGACCAAGUCCUGGAGGCCAUGAGCGCUGGGAGAGAGAAAGGUAUCGACAGUGGGAAAAGGACUACACAGACUGGUACAACAAGUACUACAAAGACUAUGACAACCCACAUCCCUCACUGCAUCACAGAGGUCGUGGCAGUAGGGACAGAGACAGAGACAGGGAGAGGGAAAGAAUGUCCCCAUUAUCCAGAGAAUACUCCCCCCAGGGGAGAGGAAGAAGAGGCAGGGAAGAGAGAGGUCCUCCCCCUCACCAUCCUCCAUCCUCUUCCUCAUCAGGGACUAAGUCCAGCACUAAAUUCCAGAAGACAAAGAAAUUAAAAAAGAAGAAGACUGGGGAGGAAGCAGAGCCAUCACAUCAGUCAGUGGACAGAGGUGAUGCUACUCCUGUCAGAGAUGAGCCAAUGGACGAAAUCCCUUCACUCACUAAAACUCCUCCCAUCUCCUCAAAGCCUCCAUCUGGUGCUGCAACCACUAAAGCUCCAGCUUCUAAAAGCACUGCUGCACCCGUUAAACCCUCAACCAAGGCCACAUCGAAGACUCAGUCUGACAAGACAAAGAAAGAGAAGUGUCAGAAGGUAAAACCUAAAGUGAAGACAGAGCCUGUGAAGCUAAAGAACGAAAAGGUGAAGAAAAAGACUGGUGAAGCAGUGGUGAUCAAAAAGAGAGACUCCUCCUCCUCCUCCUCUUCAACUGUCGCCAAACCGCUGAAGACCGUUAAAGCCAAGCCAGAAGAUACUUUAAACUCAGCUACCCCAAAAAAGGAAAAGAGUAAAAGCUCUGCGGUGAGACCUGCCCUGCUUAAGACCCCUCCACUGACCUCCCAGAACCUGCCUCUACCUCAUCCCUCUCUUCAUGACGGGCCUCGAACCGGCCACGACAUUAGGGGGAGAAGAGAUCUCCCUCAGGGCGGUGGUCUCCUUCCCACCCCUCAUCAACACGGGCUCCCACUCCUCCACCGACCGACCUCCCCAGUGGACAGUCGGAGGAGGAUGGGAGAGGAGGGCCGCUCUUUGCUCGGAGCUCCUCCUGGAAAGCUGAGGAGGAUAGAUGGGUUAGGGGGUGGUGGUGAUGUCAUGACCCACUCUCACAUGUCUCACCAACCCCCGCUCCACAGACUCCCGCCCUCCUCGGACAGACCUGGUCUUCCACUAGCGGGGAGCCGUGAGAUGGGCCGGGGAGACGCAGAUCGAGGAUCUAUCAGACCUCUAAUGGACCUGCAGUUGAAGCCACUGACCCAGAGGAGGAUCAAGUUGAACAGAGAUCUGGGGAGAAAAGGCAGCACUGAGACAGCAGUCUCAGACAGAGCGCCAACGGGUCCUGAGAAGACAACAUCCACGUCAGAUCGAUCAGCUGCUGCUAACAUCUCUGAAGAAGACCGACCCAGCAGUACAACAGAAGGAGCUGGAAGAAAGGAGCGAUCUGCAUCUGCUGAGAGGGGAGUUUCCAGAGAGAGACCAGGGAGUGCUGGAGAGAGACUACAGAGCUCAGACAGAGAGCAGAACAGAAGCUCAGGACAGGACAGAGAGCGAGACAGAGCUUCCGGAUCAGACAGGGAAAGAGACCGAGACAGAAGUCUGGGGUCUGACAGAGAGAGGGACAGGGUCUCAGGGUCAGGCUCACAGAAAGUAGCAGCUACAGUGGAGAGAGACACCGAAGGAGAGAGGUCAACGAGGACAGAACGAAAGAACUCCGGAGGCGGAAAUGGAGGAGGGAGAUCGGUCUGUCUGGAUAAAAUGACUAUCGGCGAGAAAUCAGCCAUCACCAAGAGACCGGCAGACCAUCAGGAGAAACCAAGCGUAUCCUCUAAGGAGAGAGGUGAAGGGUCAGAAAGAGCUGCUAAAUCUGACAGGAGUGUGUCCAAGGACAGAACAGAGAGAAGUGUCCCCUCAGGAGAGAAACCAGCUGCUGCUCAGAGAGAAGUGGUGAAAGAUGGUGAGGCCUCUGCUGUGAAGAACAAACCCAGGAUCAGCCGAAAACCUCUGACAAGCCACACUGUGAGCUCCGCCAGGUCAACUCAGGAGACAAAGCGGGAUUCAGAAAAAGAGCAGAAAAGUGUAUCCUCUAAACCUGCAGAACAGCCCCCUUGUAGCCCUGCGGAUAGCCGUGGCCGCAGCCCAAGUGUCAGCCCAGAGCCCAGCCUGGUCAGGGAGGAGCCACUCAUCCAGCCUCCUCCUCGCUCCAAGUGGGAAAGAGAGGAUGACGAAGAGGGGCAGGAAAAUGGAGUUAGUGCACCCAAGGAGCCCUCACCAGUGCCUCAGAGGAGCCGAGGCAGAGAGGGGCAGACUAAUGCACUUAAACCUGUCAGGAGCGAAAGUCGGGAUGCCAUAAGAGAGGAGAGGAGAGGAGCAGUGAGAGAGGAGAAGAAAGGGAAACCACCAAGGGAAGAGGGCAAGGGUGGCAGGGUGGCACAGACAAAUUCUGACAAAUCAACUAAAACAAAAACGGUGAGGGAGGAGGGUAGAGGGGUGAGAGAAGAGGGGAGACCUGCAGCAAGAGAAGAGGGGAAAGCAGGAGGCGGGAGAGAGGAGGGGCGAGGAGUGACAGCAAAGGAGGAGAGAUCAACAGAAAGCAGAGGUGGAGGAGGACGAGAGGAGAGUCGUGGCCCAGAGCCCAGGAGGCAGCGCUUGUGUUCUGACCUGGGUCGUGAGACGGAUGAGGCCGCCUUCGUGCCCGACUAUAGCGAAGGCGAAGGCUCAGAGCCGGAGAGAGGACGGAGCGGCAGCCCCAGUGUGUCCCUCAGCCAACCCUCCCGCAGCCCCAGCGCGAGCAACCACAGCGACUCAGCCACCACGACGGACAAGAAGAAGAAGAAACACAAGAAACAUAAAAAACACAAAAAGCACAAGAAGCAUAGCAGUCAGGACAAAGAAGGAGAACACAAGGAGCAUAAGCACAAACACAAGAAAAAGAAACACAAAAAGAACAAAGACAAAGAUGUGGAGGAAGAGGAGGAGAAGAUAGAGAAAGCAGCAGAGGAGACUCCGUGUUAACAGGGGCUAAGCUAAGCCUCCUGGCCACAAUCUGUAACCCUUUACAGGGGUAAUGAUGUAUCUAGAAAUAUCGGCUAACACUGGCAUGCUGCUCCAUGUGCCACUUGAAAGGAACAAUGAAAUAGGUGUUAGACUGUCCAUAGCACUGUUGGAGGGCGGUAACUCUAACACUUAUAGCGUCCCUGCAUCUCUCCAAACCUACAUGGUACUUUGAUGUGUCUGGACUGCAGCAUUUUAAGCACUGCAGAGGUUUCUUUAAUGAUUUAAUGUGAACCUCUGCAGUGACUUUGGGUCAAAAACAAAACAACCCGGGAGUGAUAGUGUGAUCAACCUAGAGCUGGCAAGAAAGGACUUGAUGAUGAUAAUAACUGAUCACAGCAGUGAGUCUAAAUGAUAGGAGUAACAAACUGUACUCAGGGAUGUGAUUGCUUCUUCGUAGAGGAGGAAUUGCUGUUUCUCUGCCUCGAUUCAGUUGUAAAUAGAGAUGAACUGUUGCUUCACAUAAUAUAAUUUUUCCUCUGUUUUGCUCACAUCCCCCCUGUACUGUUCAAGGCCUAAAUACUGGAUAACCUUCGUUUCAAUGCCGUUGUGAGCUCUUUUUGAAGGACUGCACUAGCAGUUUUGCAUGUUUUAGCACAUUAACUACAGACUGUAUGCUUUUCGUUACUGUUAGCCAUUUUCAGUGGUGAUAAUUUCACUUUUAGGCAGCCACUGGUUCAGUUCAUGUUUUUGUCUAGGGCAGUGUAAAUUUAAAUUGAGACAACAAAAUUUCUUUUCAUUCAUUCAUUUUCAUUUCAUUCACAAUCUUUUUUUCCCCCUACUAGCUACCUGGAAGAAUGAAACUCUUUGAAAACGGUUAACAGUAAAAUUUUUGUGAUUAAUGAACUGAAACUUGCAAAAUCAACAGUAUGUUCCAGUAACAGUAAGUUUAACAGUAAGUUAAAGCAGACUGUCAUGCGUUCAUGAUACACUGGAUUGUCGGAAUCUAGGAUGUGUUUAUUAAUAAUGGCAAAUCAGUCUGCACGUUUUUGUUCCAAAGGUGUAGUGACUGUAUCACGUUGUGUGAGCGAGUGAAUGUGUGUGAUGUUGUGAAAGUGAAAUGUGACAGAAAUGGGACGAACUGGGGGACUAAUGUUCUUACAAAUAAGUUGUUCCUUUUUUUUUUUAAUUAAAACAUUUUGACCUCGUGAAAAUGUCUGAGCUAUAUUAUAUCAGUGAACAUACAAAUGAAGGUUGUGUGGAAACAUUGGACCUCUGAGUGGUACAUUUAAGCAUUUCAGGUGUUUGUAAUUAGAACUUUUAAUGUAGAAUCUGAGACCAGACUAGUGAUAAACGAUGCAGGCUGCUAUCACUGCGAUGUGUAGCAUACUGCAGUCACUUUCCGCUGUAGAUAAUAAGUGGGCUACAGUCUUGUGAAAUAAUAUUUAAUCAAGACCUGCGAGAAAGACUGUAAAUGGCCCACUUAAUAUUCUCAGGUGUCACAGCAGUCUCAACUACUGGUAAACAUCUUACCAGUACACUUGUACCUACCCCAUUAAAACAACGGUGGAUAUAAGAAGCAUAAAAGCUAUAUAUAACAAUAAUGGUUAUAGUGCUGUAAGUGAUAAUUAAAUACCUACUGCAGUCAUAAUAAUUACACCUAGUCCUGCAACAGUCCAUCAUAACAGUGGCAUAGUUCUUACUAAAAUGUAUAAAUUACCACAGUGGAUCUAACAGCUUAAUAACAGAACAUCAGUGAAUGAGGCAGUAAAAAUAAACCAUGAAUUAAUUUUUGCUGUAACUAAGGUACUGCAGUAGUAUUCCUAGGGAAGGGAACAUGCUCAUUUCCUUUGUGUAAUGCAGUGUUUUUGUAUUCUUAGAAUACUGGUAGACAUGGUACUUGCUGAGACGUGAAUUUAAUAUUAAAGUGACAGAUUGUACCUUAGUUUCCUGUGCUUUGUGGGGCUUCUUUUGUUCCUCUCAGACCCCACUACCACAGUGUGUAAAGACAGAUGCAUUGCCAAUGUACAAAUGUAUUAGUAUCUAUUUGGAAUAAUUAAGAUGUCGAACAUGUACAUUGAUGGUUGAUAAUAAAUAAUAGACAAAUAAGUUGAUAAAAAAGGAUGGAUAAGUAGAAAAUUGACUUUAUAUUAGAAAGCUGAGUCAUUUGCAGUUUUUUUUUCUCAUUUGAAAUG